UGUAAUUUCUACUACAAAAUAAAUACAAUUUCUUAACUUUUCUGAAUAUCUUAUGAGUAACAAUAUUUUAGAUUUAACAAAAUGAUCGAAUUCUCUAUUAACGAUAUACCGGAAUUUUCCAAAAAGGAGCGUAUUGUUGUUGUUGGUGUUAUUGGAAAAUCUCCUUACCGGUAUCAUAACAAAACAACACCACUUUUACCGACAACUAAAUGUGAAGAGAAUGGAAUUCAGUGCUUUUGGGAUGAACGAAAAGGUAUACUUUACCUUCAUGCAAUAACAUACUUAGACACAAAAAGACUGGAAACACUUGUAGCUGAUCUUGAUGAAAAUUCCAAGUGCUCCGUGAAGGAUGCUGAUGCUGCUCACUGGUUAGUGGCAGUUGGAGAGCUGGCCAUAGAGUCCUGCAGGGCUAUGGCAUUAAUAUUUCAUCUUUGUCAUAUUGUUAUAUUAUCACUGCCUACACCAGUAUUUGAUCUGGGUUAUCUACAACUGUUUGAAGCUAUUGAUGGUUAUAGAAAUGAGUUACAUCUUCAAACUAAAGCUGCUCUAACGGAGGCUAAAAUUGGCGGUACAUGGGAGAGUCACGGCAGACCCUGUUGCCCUCGCUUGCUGUUCCAUUUCCGUAGGGCUCCAACACCAUUACGUAAAGCUCCAGCUGCUUUAAAGAGACUAGAACAUGCUGUGGAAGAUCAACUAUAUUUUAUGCUAAGAAAAACUAGGAUUAUUACUAAUGUAUGUGCAAAAUCUGUCUUCGCUAUACCCAAGAAUGAAGAAUUUGUAUAUAUAAACACUGAGGAAGAAACCGGAUCCGCCCGAGAUGUUAGUUCUUUAGUCCGAGGACUGGUACAGAUGUGCAAUGGAACAGAACCAGAGCCUCCCAGUGAAAGACCUAGCUUCCGACAGUUCCUACAGGGACAUAUUGAUUUAGCAUUUGGAGAGGGUUUUGAUGAUAAUGUCGGAAAGUACGCUAUGAGUACUUCAUUCUUUGAGUUGCCAAGUGCCUCAUCAUGGCGUAAAGCAGCGCAAGUACUGACUCCCAUAUACCUUCAGAGUGACAAGUGUGAUGAGGAGAAGGAAUCCGGAGGAGUGCUAUUUGAUACUUUGGCUACUGAUGUGAGAUUCUCACAGGCCAGGUGUGCCAAGGUACUACCGAUAGCGCAAGCGUCGUACACUGAAGGUCUACCACCGUACUACUCCAGUCAGCAACACGCUCAUAAGGUGACAGUAGCUCUAGGUGAGCUCGAGGCGAUGGCGCGCGGCCCGCUGAUUGGUGGAGCUCGCGCCCGUCUGCGCGCCGCCUGCGCAGCUGUGUGGAGACCACGGAGACUUUGUGAAGUCUUGUCACUUACACAACAUCCUUGUAUAGAGCCUGAACAUGAUAGUAGCAAGGAGCAUUCAUCUGGAGUGCGGUAUAUGAGUGCGUGUAACUGCGGUCGCAGCAAGUGUUCGCGUGAGGAUCCAUACACUUUGCGACAAGCCAACUACGGCUUCUACCAGCAGGCGGCAGCUGAGUGCGGCGUCUGCAACACACUCCUCGCUAUAGAUAUGCCCGUCUUCCAGCCCUCCACACCCACCUUCAGGGCUGCGUCAGUGAAAGGAAACAACGAGGAGACCACAGACGCUCCUGAGGUGCAGGCGGAAGGUUCAGGCGAGGGCGGAACCCCGGGCUCCGGUGAGGGCUGCGAGGGCUCCGCCUGGUCACCGCACGCCCUCUCCCCGGGCUCCGCGCGUGAUGAAGACCAUGAUGAUGAAGCCGCACCUCAUGACAGAGAGGGAUACGAUUUAGUUCCAGUUAGAGAGGAAACUACUUCAGAGAGGGUAAUCAGCCGUCAACCUUCAACAACGGAGUACUUGCCGGGCAUGCUGCACACAGCCAGCCCUCCACAUCUGCUGCCCGCCUUCCCCAGCUGGUCGCUGGUCUGUCUCGGGCCCUCCUCACUCUACUCGCACAGCCUCGGCCUGCCUGAACACCUGCAGCCCGGCUUCCUCCCCCACACCAACUACCUGCUGCCCUGGGACUGUGUCGUCAAAAUGGAGCAAGCCAAUGCAUGGCGCGCAUCUCGUGGACGAGGCAAAGCCACACCUCAACAUCAUCUUACUGUUAAAAUCUUUAUAGGGUUCGAAUACGAGUGCACACGAGGUCACAGGUACAUGAUGUGUAGCCCCGAGGGUGCUCCGAGUGGGGGUGUGUCCAGCGGCAGCUGGGCGCGGGAGGCUGCGGCGGGGGCGCGACUUGCGCACGCGCAGGUGCCGCUGCAGACCGCAUGUCUGUGUCGUGCUGCGCCGCGUGCGCACCUCGCCCGAGUACACGUCGUCACACCAAAGUCUAACGUACACGUCACAUUACAACCAAAGGUGCAACCGAUCCCUGGGGGUCCGAUCUUCGUGCCGCAGCCUGUGGGAGAGCCCCCAUUCAAACUGAGUACAUCUGCGUAUUGGGUACUGAGGCUGCCGUAUGUAUAUGCAGAUGAACGAGGUGCAUUACCCCGACCUCGUCCACCACAUUACACUUCCGGUACACUGAUACCACCAUUGUUCGGAUUGCAGGACUAAUAUUGAAAUAGUUCCUCUUUUUGUACGUCCCCUCCUCUGUCGAUUAAAGGUAGACAACAUAUCUGUUGUUGGUUGUCUAUGGGUAGCAGUCGUUUCGCUAUUUCGGCGAAUUUAUGUAGCCGCUUGCUUGUUUCUCAACUUAUUAUAUAAU